GAAGAACUGUGCAUAUCAACUCAACCAAUGGAUUGACAUUACUUUUCAUUCUGUCGGCUGCGGGCUGAAGGCUGACCAUUCUGCACUAACCAAUUAAAGUAUUCCUUGGAUUAUGAACUGAACUACUCCUUGGAUACUUCACGCUCCAACGAUAGUCUGCAGUAUCAAAACAUCAUGGUUGGAUUCCACGUUGUUCUUUACUUGAUUAUUCUUGCACUCACUUCCUGCUGCGGUUUUGUUCACUCCAAGCUGCCCCAAAGCGAAGUGGAUGCUCUUGCACGAAUAGUUCGAACAAUGGGAGCAACAUAUUGGAAGUUUGAUGGAGAUUCUUGCCAAAUUGAAACAGUUGGGUUAACACCACAGCCACCGAGGGGAUCUGAGCAAAACAUUAUUUGUAAAAAUUUCCUUGAGAAGAACAACACUGUCCUUCAUGUUGUAAGCAUUAUGCUAAAGGGGUAUAAUCUUCCUGGUGUGCUUCCACCUGAGCUAGUCGAGCUGCAAUACCUUCAAGAGAUCGAUUUUGCUUAUAAUUAUCUUGGUGGUACAAUACCACCUGAAUGGGCUUCAGCACAAUUGAGUUCAAUCUCUGUACUUGCCAACCGAUUAUCAGGUGAAAUUCCGAAGGAAUUGGGAAACAUUACCAGUCUCACAUACCUGAGCCUUGAAGCAAACCAAUUUUCUGGCAUUGUCCCUCCUGUGCUUGGGGACUUAAUCAAUUUGAAAACUUUGAUCCUGUCUUCCAAUCAGUUUUUUGGAAAUUUGCCAACAACACUAGCUGGGCUAAGAAGCUUAACAGACUUUAGGAUAAAUGAUAACAACCUUAGUGGACCUAUACCCGAUUUUAUUCAAAACUGGAAACAACUGACAAGAAUAGAAAUGCAUGCAAGUGGACUGGAGGGACCCAUUCCAUCAAACAUUUCCCUUUUGGAUAAGUUAAUUCAGUUGAGGAUUAGUGAUAUAAAUGGGACAACUCAAGCUUUUCCUAUGCUGAUCAAAAUGACGGGCAUAGUAAGAUUGAUUUUGAGGAACUGCAAGAUUUCUGGAGAAAUCCCUGCAUACAUCUGGAAAAUGAAGAAUCUGGAAAUGUUGGAUGUCAGUUUCAACAAUUUGGUAGGUGAGAUUCCAAAUGACAUAAGUUCAGCAAAGGCAUUGAACUUCAUCUAUUUAAGCAGCAACUUGCUAAGUGGAAAUGUGCCAGACUUAUUCUUGAAGAAAGGAAGUAGUAUUGAUCUUUCCUACAAUAACCUUUCAUGGCAAGGCCCUGGGCAACCUACUUGUCAAGAGAACAUGAAUCUAAACCUUAACUUGUAUCGGAGCUCUUCAAUGGAGAACAACCUAAGGGCAGUUCUUCCAUGCUCAAGGAAUGUCAAUUGUCCACGAUAUGCGUGUUCUUUCCAUAUUAAUUGUGGUGGAAAUGAUUUAACCAUCAAAGAAAGUAGAGGAAAGGUUGUAUAUGAAGGAGAUGCAAAAAUUGAAGGUGGUGCUGCAAACUAUUAUACUAGUAACAGUUACUGGGGAUUGAGUAGCUCUGGGGACUUCAUGGAUGAUAACAAUUUCCAAAACACACGUUACAUUGAAACUCUGUCAUCAGGGAACAUCUCUGGAGUGUAUACUACAGCUCGCCUUUCCCCUCUUUCACUUACUUAUUUUGGUUAUUGCUUAGAAAAUGGGAUUUACACCCUACAGCUGCACUUCACUGAGAUAUAUUUCACAGAUGACAAGACAUAUAAUAGCCUUGGGAAACGCCUGUUUGACAUUUAUAUUCAGGAAAAAUUGGUUCAUAAGAAUUUCAACAUUGAAGAUGAGGCCCAUGGAGCUCAAAAGCCGGUUAUGAAACAAUUUAAUGCCAGUGUGAUAAAUAAUAUCUUAGAGAUUCGAUUUUAUUGGGCUGGCAAAGGGACAACAAGAAUUCCUUACAGAGGAGUUUAUGGCCCUCUCAUAUCAGCUAUUUCUGUGUAUCCCAAUUUCAAAUCUUGUUCAAGUAGUAGGAAAGAGGAAACAAAUGCAUAUAUUAUUGGAGGAGUGGUAGGAUUAUUCAUUAUUUUCUUAAUAUUGGGUCUUCUUGCGUGGAAAGGUUGUUUGAGAGGCAAAAAAAAGGAAGAAAAAGAUCUCGAAGGACUAGAUAUGCAAACAGGUUCUUUUACCUUAAAACAAAUAAAAGCUGCCACCAAAAAUUUUGAUUUUGCAAACAAGAUUGGAGAAGGAGGUUUUGGUCCAGUUUAUAAGGGUCUGUUAUCCGAUGGUACCAUAGUUGCAGUGAAACAGCUUUCCUCUAUAUCAAGGCAAGGAAAUCGUGAAUUUUUGAAUGAGAUAGCCAUGAUUUCUUGUUUGCAACACCCAAAUCUGGUGAAACUUCAUGGAUUUUGUGUUGAAGGAGAUCAACUGCUACUGGUAUAUGAGUACAUGGAAAACAAUAGCCUAGCCGGCGCUCUGUUUGGUCCAGAAAAUGGUCAGCCGAACCUGGACUGGCCAACUAGGCUUAAAAUCUGUAUUGGUAUUGCCAAGGGAUUAGCUUUUCUCCACGAAGAAUCAAGGAUUAAGAUUGUCCACAGAGAUAUUAAAGCUACUAAUGUGCUUCUUGAUAGGGACCUAAACCCUAAAAUAUCUGACUUUGGACUGGCUAGGCUUGAUGAAGGGGAGAAGAGCCAUAUUAGCACCAGGGUUGCUGGAACCAUAGGAUAUAUGGCACCAGAAUAUGCACUGUGGGGUUAUCUGACAUACAAGGCAGAUGUUUACAGUUUUGGGAUUGUGGCUUUGGAAAUUGUUAGUGGAAAACACAACAACAAUUAUAUACCCAGCAAUGGCUGCCUUUGUCUUUUAGAUUGGGCCUGUCUGUUGCAGCAAAGCAGAAAGUUUCUGGAGCUGGUUGAUGAGAAGUUGGGGUCUAAAGUCAAUGAAGAAGAGGCAGAAAGGAUGAUUAAAGUGGCUCUCUUGUGCACAAAUGCAUCCCAAUCACUUAGGCCUACCAUGUCUGAAGUGGUAAGCAUGCUUGAAGCCCGAAUGCCUAUUCCUGAUGUGAUCCCAGGACCAAGUACCUACACCGAAGAUUUGAGGUUUAAGGCAAUGAGAGACUUUCGUCAAGACGAGAGAAACCAGAGUCUGAGUGAAGGUCGUCAAUCCCUAAAUUUAACAGGUCAUACAGAGCUAGAGCUUUGCUCUACCUCUACAUCUGGCCCUGAGUUCAAUGAAAUCAACCCACAUUCGGAAUCCUGUUAAUGAUGAAGUGUUUUUCUUUUAAAGAAUGCUGAUCCUACUCCUGAAGGCUCUGAAUGGAUUUACUGAUCUGCAUGCAUCUCCAUCUCAAUGAGCAUCCUAAAGUUUUGGUUAUUUAAUCAAACUUCUAUUCAAUGGGGCUACACCCGCAUCUUGUACAUCAAUUUUUUUAUUUAUUUUUAUUUGGUCUAUAGCUCUCUUUAAAAGUGAGAGUUUGUUGUAUAAAAUUUCAAGAAAUUUUGUAGUACAAUUAGACUUUCAUAUUUUAAUAAAUGUGCUCCUGGCAAAAGAUUGAUGUAAAUAUGUAAUGCAGAAACUGACUUGGGUGUGCA